CUGUGCGGCGUUGAAGGACCUCAAGGCCUCGGCCCAACUCUUCCUUGGGAUCGUUUGCUAUUCAACACUCCACUAUUGCGGUUACUGGCGGUCUAGUGGCCGUGAUCAAGUCGUGAGCUCAGGAGGCAGCUGUCAAACAGCGGAUUAUAUUUGGAUUAAGUGUAAACAGGAGAGCCGUGAAAGCAGCGCGCUUCCCGGCGGCUCAUCCACUCAUCACCCGAGCGGCGUGAAGCGGGCUUUUCUGAAAUGGACGCCUGGAGGGAGGAGAGCCCCGGCGGCAGGCCCCAGGAUACUCGACCAUAAGAGUUCAAGCUAGCCGAGUUAGCCGAUACAUUUCCACUGUUUUUAUACGCGCCUCGCAGCGGAUCUCUUUUACUUUGCUUUGCGUCCGUGGUCGCCCACACUUUGUUGUUCAGUGGAAACACACUUUUUGUUCGGGGGAUCAACCAUUUGGUUCCUGGGAAACUUUGUCAAAGUUGUUUAUUUUCCGUUACUGCAUCGUUAAUGCACUAAACAACAGACUUCAGCCACCCUCAGAGAGUGUCUUUAAAGCCAGUAUUUGACUUCCUCUUUGUACACAUUUCAGUUUCUCGUGCCGUUUACGCGACUCUGACAGUCACUCUGUCGUUGUUAUUGUUUCGCCGCGACCUGAGGACUACCCACAAAGCGUCCCGAUGGAGGAAAAUGACAACAUGGACUAUUUUUACCAGCAGGUUUUGCAGAAGGACGUGACCCGACGGCUGCAGGUCGGCCCGGAUCUCAUAAACUACCUGAGCGACCCGCAGAGGUCCUGGGAUGUGGAGCAGGACAAACCCCGCCUGGAUAAAACCAUAGAUGAGCUGACGGGAUGGGUCAAUUCCAGCAAUUACAAGGUUGCAUUGCUGGGGAUCGAUAUCGUCAGCGCAUUUGUGGAUCGGAUGACUGAUCGCUUCAGAGGUUAUAUCAUCACAGUGGUGCCUGCAUUAGUUGACCGUUUGGGUGAUGCGAAGGAUCAGGUUCGAGAACAGGCACAAGCACUCAUUUUGAAGCUGAUGGAGCAGACGGCAACACCCAUGUAUGUUUGGGAGAGGCUGUUUUCUGGCUUCAAACACAAAAACUUCCGCAGUAGAGAGGGACUCUGCUUGUGCUUGGUUGCCACUCUAAAUGCAUACGGUGCUCAGCCCUUAAGUUUGAGUAAAUUUGUUCCACAUCUCUGUUCGCUAACAGGAGACCAAAACCCCCAGGUACGGGAGGCAGCUAUGACAAGCCUAGUGGAGGUGUAUCGGCAUGUGGGAGAGAAAGUGAGAAUAGACCUCAACAAAAGAGAUCUACCGUCUGCGCGGUUACAGAACAUUUUGAGCCGUUUUGAUGAAGUACUGAAUUCGGGGAACAUGGCUCUCAGCCUGAGUCAAGAUCGUAGUUUUGAUGAUGAUGACUCUGUGGACGGAAGCAGGCCGUCAUCGGCUCAGGCUGCGUUUAAAGUGCCCAAAGUACCCAAGAAACCUGGAGACUCUGCCAGCAGUUCCAGACGCCCCAGUGCCACUGGAGCUGCAAAGACAGGUGUCUCUAAGGAGGUGGCAGGAGCUGUGGAUGAGGAGGAUUUCAUCAAAGCAUUCACAGACGUCCCAACGGUUCAGAUCUACUCCACACGAGACCUGGAGAAUAAUCUGAACAAGAUCCGUGAGGUUCUGUCUGAUGAUAAACACGACUGGGACCAUAGAACAAGCGCGCUAAAGAAAGUCCGAUCUCUGCUGGUUGCCGGGGCAGCAGACUAUGAUUGUUUCUACCAGCACCUGCGUCUGUUGGAUGGCGCAUUUAAGCUGUCGGCAAAAGACCUGCGUUCCCAGGUGGUUCGGGAGGCUUGCAUCACGGUGGCGCAUCUUUCCACACUAUUAGGGAAUAAGUUUGAUCAUGGUGCAGAGGCCAUUGUUCCAGUGCUCUUCAAUCUUAUCCCUAACUGUGCCAAAGUGAUGUCCACAUCUGGCAUAGCAGCCAUACGCAUCAUCAUACGGCACACUCAUGUUCCACGUUUAAUUCCUCUCAUCACUAGUAACUGCACGACAAAGUCUGUGGCCGUCCGGAGGCGCUGUUAUGAGUUCUUGGAUCUUCUGCUGCAGGAAUGGCAGACUCACUCUCUGGAGAGGCAUGUGGCUGUGUUGAUGGACAGUAUUAAGAAGGGAAUCAAAGAUGCAGACUCAGAGGCUCGAGUGGAGGCCAGGAAAGCAUACUGGGGGUUGCGGGCUCAUUUCCCCGGGGAGGCGGAGUCUCUGUAUAACUCAUUAGAAUCGUCCUAUCAGAAGACACUUCAGUCGUAUCUAAAGAGCUCGGGCAGUGUGGCGUCCCUGCCACAGUCGGAUCGCUCGUCCUCCAGUUCGCAAGAAAGCCUUAAUCGGCCGCUGUCAAAGUGGUCAGCUGCUCCAGGCAGAGUGCCUGCUUGUUCAAAAUCAUCAGGAUCUCCAGGCUCUUUGCAGCGUUCCCGCAGUGAUGUGGAUGUCAACGCAGCCGCCGGUGCUAAAGCCAGACACAGCGGACAGGCUGGAGUGGCAGGCCGAGUCACGACAGGCCUGGCCCCUGGAUCAUAUGCAUCUCUCGAUGAUGCCUCUGAUAAGGAUGGGCGACUACGGACUAAGCAGACUUUAUCAACUGCAUCUAGUGUAGGGAGCAGUCAGGUCGACUCAAGAGGGCGGACCAGAUCAAAGAUGGUGUCUCAGUCACAACGUUCCGACGAUUCUGAUUGCACGCCAGGAUCACAGUCUGCUACCCCUGUUGGUGCGGGUUCUCGCUCGGGUUCCCCAGGCCGGGUUUUAACCAGCACAGCUCUGAGCACACUCAGUACAGGAGCUCAGCGUGUGAGUGCAGCACCAGGCUCUCACCGUCGCAGCCGGAUCCCACGCAGUCAAGGCUGCAGUCGAGACUCCAGCCCCACACGCCUGUCUGUUGCUCCUUCAAACAUCAGCCACAUCUACAAUGGAUCAAAAGGAGCAAGGGGUAGUCGUAUACCACGACCUAGUGUGAGUCAGGGCUGCAGUCGUGAGGCCAGCCGAGAGAGCAGCAGAGACACCAGCCCUGUGCGCUCCUUCACGCCGCUCGCAUCCCGGCAUUAUUCGCGCUCAACUGGUGCUCUUCAUGCCCCAGACGCCUUCGGGGCAGCAGGUUCUGGCUUGGGUAUAUCUCAGUCCAGUCGUCUCUCAUCCUCAGUUAGUGCCAUGAGAGUGCUGAACACAGGAUCAGACGUGGAGGAAGCCCUGGCAGAUGCUCUGCUAUUAGGAGAUAUGCGGGGCAAGCAGAAGAAACCAGCUAGGCGGCGGUAUGACACCUAUGGGAUGUACUCAGAUGAUGAUGCAAAUAGCGAUGCCUCUAGUGCGUGUUCAGAGCGUUCGUACAGCUCCCGGAAUGGCAGUAUUCCAACAUAUAUGCGGCAGACUGAAGAUGUGGCUGAAGUGCUCAAUCGCUGUGCCUCUGCCAACUGGUCUGAGAGAAAAGAGGGGCUGAUGGGAUUGCAGGCAUUGCUGAAAAACCAACGAACUCUCAGCCGUGUUGAGCUGAAGAGGUUGUGCGAAAUUUUUACCAGGAUGUUUGCAGACCCACACAGCAAGCGUGAUUCCAGAGGCUUCGGCACGGCAGAAUCCGGUAUCAGUUCUGCCUCUUUUAAGAGAGUGUUCAGCAUGUUUUUGGAGACGCUGGUGGACUUCAUUGCAGUUCAUAAGGAGGAUCUGCAGGACUGGCUCUUUGUGCUGCUCACACAACUGCUGAAGAAAAUGGGAGCGGAUCUGCUCGGCUCAGUACAAGCCAAAGUACAGAAAGCCCUGGACGUCACAAGAGAAUCUUUUCCGAAUGAUCUGCAGUUCACUAUCCUAAUGAGAUUCACAGUUGACCAAACACAGACUCCCAACUUAAAGGUGAAGGUGGCCAUUUUGAAGUACAUAGAAACACUGACCCUACAAAUGGAGCCACAGGAUUUUGUCAACUCGAGCGAAACCAGACUGGCAGUGUCGCGUAUCAUUACGUGGACCUCCGAACCCAAGAGCUCUGAUGUCAGAAAGGCAGCGCAGUCAGUGUUGAUCUCGCUAUUCCAGCUGAACACACCAGAGUUUACAAUGCUUCUAGCUGCACUGCCUAAAACCUUUCAAGAUGGAGCCACCAAAUUGUUGCAGAACCACCUACGUAACACUGGCAACACAGCCCAGGCUCCAACGGGAAGCCCGCUCACCCGACACACUCCAAGAUCACCAGCCAGUUGGUCGAGCCCUUUAACCUCUCCUACCAACACAUCACAAAACACACCAUCACCAAGUGCAUUUGAUUACGAUACUGAGAACAUGAACUCUGAGGAGAUCUACAGCUCCCUGAGAGGAGUCAGUCAGGCCAUCCAGAACUUUAGCGUCCGCAGCCAGGAGGACAUGACUGAGCCACCGCGAAAAAGAGAUGGAGAUGGUGAAGAGGGUGGUGAUCAACCCACAGACUCUGGUCGGACGGCGCUGGAUAACAAGACCUCUCUGCUAAAUACUAUGCCGCUCCUCUCCUCGAGUCCCCGCCCAACGAGGGAAUACCAGCCAGUCAGCUACUCUGACUCCUUCAGCUCCUCCCCUUUUAAUAAAAGCCUGAAAGAUGCAGACCAAGAUGCUGAGUCCUUCACUGAUGACAGUGGUGUGGACCAAUCUGAGGUGGUUGCUGAGCUCCUAAAGGAGCUCUCGAAUCACAGCGAGCGGGUGGAAGAGAGGAAAGCUGCGCUGUGUGAGCUAAUGCGGCUGAUUAGAGAAACGCAACUGCAUGUUUGGGACGAGCACUUCAAAACCAUCCUCCUGCUGCUCCUAGAAACACUUGGGGAUGGAGAGCAUGUCAUUCGGGCAUUAGCACUGCGGGUGUUGAAGGAGAUCCUAAACAGGCAGCCGUGGCGCUUUAAAAACUAUGCUGAACUCACCAUUAUGAAGACCCUGGAAGCACAUAAAGAUCCACACAAAGAGGUGGUUCGGGCUGCAGAAGAGGCAGCGUCUGUGUUGGCGACCUCAAUAAGUCCCGAUCAGUGUAUUAAGGUGUUGUGCCCCAUCAUCCAAUCGGCAGAUUACCCCAUCAACCUGGCUGCCAUCAAGAUGCUCACCAAAGUCAUUGACCGGCUACCCAAAGAGGGUCUCCUUCAAAUGCUCCCUGAGAUCGUCCCUGGGCUCAUUCAGGGUUAUGAUAACUCUGAGAGCAGUGUACGAAAGGCGUGUGUAUUUUGCCUUGUGGCCAUCUAUGCUGUCAUUGGAGAGGAUCUGAAACCUCAUCUCAGCCAGCUGUCUGGCAGCAAGCUGAAACUGUUGAAUUUGUAUAUAAAGCGAGCUCAGAGCGGCUCCGGCGGAAGUGACCAGUCUUCAGAUGUGGGAGGGCAGGGCCUGUAGCCGUGCUGUUAUCAUUCAGUACUACAGCACUCUCUUAGUGCAGGGGGACCCUUGCUGGAUUUUUAACUCACAUGCAUACACAAACACCUACACACGCUUGCCUACAAGUACACAAAGCCGCAUGCACCUACACUGCUGGACACCCUCCUCCGGCCCCACACACCUUCCAGUGGAACAUGCGGCGAGGAGCGGCGUCGGACUGAAACUCUUCCUCCAAACUAGGAUCACCGUCACUCCGUGUGCAUGUCUGAGAAACCACUAUCUGUGGCACAGAUGGUGGACUGCUGAUGUAGUUUUGUUGCCUUGUCAAUGAGAAGAUCGUGUGUGUGCGCGUGCGUGCGUGCGUGCGUGCGUGUGUGUGUGUGUGUGUCAGAUGGGGAGGGUGGAAAUCCAGCAGAAAGAGGGGGAUGUUGUGGGUGUCAUUUGGUGCAACAUGGAAAUCAUUUCUUUUUAUCAAAGAGCUUUUGAGAAACUCAGAUUUUUAAGAUGAAGUUCAAAACUUCUUGGUCUGAGCGACGUGUCAUUAACGUUCCUAAUUGCUCACUAUCGAUUAUAAUUAACAGUCAUAUCAUUUCAUAACAGUGAGCGGUUGGUCCAGCUUGCUCUAUUAUAAGGCAUUCUUUGCUUGGCUUUAUGCAUGUCAUGAAUAAAACUGAACCUUUUUAUCUGGUUGCGUACAUGGCUAAAUGGGCCACGCGUCAGUUGUCCUGCACACCCAAGAUUCUCAUCGCAGUGAGGCCACAUGUGAUACCACACCACAUAGGCAAUAUGUAUCUAUAUAUAUAUAUAUACCAUAACAAAGGAAUAUUCAAGAUCUUGUUAUGUCCUGAGGGCGUGUGGAUUCUUUUAAGUAGCAUAGUGUCAUUCUUCUCUGAUGGGAAAUUUGUAGAAAUGUAUUUACGCAUCUAAAUGCCGCAACUGUCUUGUCACUUCUUUCCUGUAGUGUCGGUCUUUCUCCCACCGUGAGGAAGUUCUCUUUCUUCCCGCUGCAUUUCUAGAACUGUGCUAACGAUAAAAUUAAAAUAAAGAAAAUGUACAGUAAUGAACUGUCUCCUUGUUAUUUUUCUAAAUGCCACCUCUGUACCU